CGCCGCGACGGCGGCGGCGGGGAAGGCGGCGACGGCGGCGACCGAGGGGGCGGUGGCCACGAGGCAGGGUCUCUGCGGGCGGAAGAGACGUGCGUGGCGGCAUCUAGGUCGCUGAGGAACAUCGUCGGGGUCAGUGACUAUCAUCUAUUCCACACGAUGAGUAACAGCCACCCUCUUCGCCCCUUUACUGCUGUGGGGGAGAUUGAUCAUGUGCACAUUUUGUCUGAGCAUAUUGGUGCCUUGUUGAUUGGUGAAGAAUAUGGCGAUGUCACGUUUGUUGUGGAAAAGAAGCGCUUUCCUGCCCACAGGGUCAUUUUAGCAGCUAGGUGCCAGUAUUUUAGGGCAUUACUGUAUGGUGGGAUGCGAGAGUCUCAGCCUGAAGCAGAGAUCCCUCUCCAAGAUACCACUGCAGAGGCCUUCACGAUGCUGCUCAAGUACAUCUACACUGGGCGGGCAACACUGACAGAUGAGAAGGAGGAGGUGCUGCUGGACUUUUUGAGCCUGGCUCAUAAAUAUGGAUUUCCAGAGCUAGAGGAUUCUACUUCUGAGUACCUCUGCACCAUACUUAAUAUUCAGAACGUCUGCAUGACUUUUGAUGUUGCCAGUCUCUACUCCCUCCCCAAGUUAACUUGUAUGUGCUGCAUGUUCAUGGACAGAAAUGCCCAGGAGGUGCUUGCCAGUGAAGGCUUCCUCUCGCUCUCCAAGGCAGCACUCCUGAACAUUGUUUUAAGAGAUUCGUUUGCAGCUCCUGAGAAAGAUAUUUUCUUAGCCUUGUUAAACUGGUGUAAGCACAAUACAAAGGAGAAUCAUGCUGAAAUCAUGCAGGCUGUGCGUUUACCUCUGAUGAGCCUCACUGAGCUUCUGAAUGUCGUGAGGCCCUCAGGACUCUUGUCUCCAGAUGCCAUCCUAGACGCCAUUAAAGUGCGCUCAGAGAGCCGGGAUAUGGACCUUAACUACAGAGGCAUGCUCAUACCAGAAGAAAACAUUGCAACGAUGAAGUAUGGAGCCCAGGUUGUGAAAGGAGAGCUGAAGUCAGCCUUGUUGGAUGGUGAUACUCAAAAUUAUGACUUGGACCAUGGGUUUUCCAGGCAUCCCAUCGAUGAUGACUGCCGCUCUGGCAUUGAGAUCAAGCUCGGCCAGCCAUCCAUUAUCAACCACAUACGCCUCCUCCUGUGGGACCGUGACAGCCGGUCUUAUUCCUAUUUUAUCGAAGUGUCCAUGGAUGAACUUGAUUGGAUCAGAGUGAUAGAUCAUUCACACUACCUGUGUCGAUCUUGGCAAAAGUUGUAUUUUCCAGCUCGUGUCUGCAGGUAUAUCCGAAUAGUUGGGACUCACAACACAGUGAACAAGAUUUUCCACAUUGUGGCUUUUGAGUGUAUGUUUACAAACAAAACCUUCACUCUGGAGAAGGGCCUAAUAGUUCCCAUGGAGAAUGUUGCAACAAUUGCUGAUUGUGCCAGCGUGAUUGAAGGAGUCAGUCGAAGCCGAAAUGCCUUGCUGAACGGGGACACUAAGAAUUAUGACUGGGAUUCUGGCUACACGUGUCACCAGCUGGGAAGUGGUGCAAUUGUGGUUCAGCUGGCACAGCCAUACAUGAUUGGGUCAAUACGGUUAUUACUCUGGGACUGUGAUGAUCGAAGCUACAGUUACUAUGUUGAAGUUUCCACCAAUCAGCAGCAGUGGACCAUGGUGGCUGACAGAACGAAAGUAUCCUGCAAGUCCUGGCAAUCGGUCACUUUUGAAAGACAGCCUGCCUCCUUCAUCCGAAUCGUUGGAACACACAACACAGCAAAUGAGGUGUUCCACUGCGUCCACUUUGAGUGUCCGGAGCAGCAGAGCAGCCAGAAAGAAGGGAGCAGUGAGGAGCCGGGCACAGGGGACCCCAGCACCCCUAGUCAGCAGCUCGACCCUCAUGCGCUUCGAGCGCCCAGUGCCAGCUCACAACCCCCGAGUCCAGGUCCCAACUCACGCUCACCCAACCAGCAGCACCAAUAAAGGAGGCAGAGGACGUGGUGUGACUUGGGUGGGCCUGGGUGGGGUAAGGGUGUGCCCUCCUCCAUCCCCUGGAGGAGCAGACCUGGCUGCAAAAGCCACCCCUACCAGGCUCUUUCCCUCAGGGGACAGGAGGGCACCCAUGCUCUUCCAGCCUUCAGGAGUCUCCAAGGGCAGGAAGUGGGUCUUGAUUCUUCAACUCCACCAUCAAUUCCUACCUCUAAUGUUACCAAGGUACCAGGCCCAAACUCAGUACAAAAAAGAACCCUAGGCCUUGACCACCAGAAAAGGGCCCAGGCCUGGCUGCCUGGGAGCCCCAGCCCUGGAGUGUCCGUCUGCAGCACCAUUGCCCUGGCUCCUUGUGGUUUGUGGUGUGUAGUCGUCUCCGUUUGCUAAGUCAUGGGUGUCACAGGCUUGUAGAACUGCUCCAGCCCUCCUUAGGCGCCAGUGCUUGCGCGCAGACAGCGCAGAGGCCGUCCCUCCUCAUGAGACCAGAUGCAGCUCCUCAUGGCGCUUAGCCUGGCCAGAAAACCCUUGCAGUCCAAGCAGACACACAAUGUGCAAGCCAGCCCUGUGGACCCCGGAGUUAAUAAUUGGUCAGACUGCCGCUUUAUUCACCCGUCAUUCCUGAUGUGUGCGAACCUUCCAGCCUGGGAGGCCGGCGUGGAAGCAGCUCCUGUGCCAGCGGCUAAACAAGCAGUCAGAGGCUGUGUCACAGGACACCGCUCAACCCUAGGCUGACCCCGCUGGGUCUCAUGGCUCACCUGCCCUGGUUCACCAACAGAUGGGGUGUCAGGAGCAUGCCCCCCCACCCCAGUGUCAUCCCCCCGGGACGGUGACCAGCAGCUCAUAGGAGCUUUCAUCUUUGACUACUGCAGCUCCGCCCCCUCCCUGUCACUUCCAUGCACAGCUCCAGCUUCCGCACCGCCCUGCAGCAUCCCGAGGCCCUGUGAGGUCACCUGAGCACUUCCUGUGAGGGGGUGGGGGCUCCAGGUCCGUCCUGUUCUAGAAGUGAAAGGAUGGACUUAAUCAGAAGGGGUUGUCCACACGGAAAGGUGGCAGCGUGGGGCCUCCGGCUGCAGUGGAGGUGACCUCCCUGAUAGUUCAGGUGUGUCAGCUGGUCCUGGGCUGACCAUUUGUGUGUGCAGCUGUCUCUGGUAAGAGGCUCCUAAGGAUGGACAGCAGGGUGCAGCCACUGUGUGUGGUGCUGAUGUUGGCAGCAUCCCGCCCCGCCUGUCAGCCUGGAGAACUGCCCAGAGCAUCUCCAGUCAGCAGUGCACGAGGAACUCAGUCCUGUGGAGACUCGGUUUGUAUCUCUGGGAAGGUAGUGAGAGCUUGUUUGUUUCGUUCUUGUUCAGCUAUUUGCUUAAGACAGAGCCUCCCUCUGUAAAUACCUAGGCUACACUCACGGCAAUCCUCUUGCGACAGCGUGUGAGCACAGCCAGGUGGGCUCAGCGUGGCGAGUGUGGCUACCACGAGAUUCAGCCUCUGCUGCCAGCCGUGAAGUGACGCCUGCUCCCAGGCGAGCUGUCCUUUGAUCAUGUCCUUUAGGAUGGCAGGUGUCCUCAUUGGGGCUUUUGGAAGAAGUGUUGAGUGUCACCCGUGGACUCCUGGGGGACCAUUUGGGGUGCUGGACAGGGCACUUUGGGCUAUGGGGUGGAAGGCAGCUGCUCUCUGUAUAGCAGUCACAGGUGGUCUCUCACUCAGGCCUGGAGUCUCCUCAACCCUCGGUACGUCUCCUGUUUGGAUGUUAAUGGAGUUACAAGCCCAUUGUAGAAGUGGGCUCUCCUCAAUGGCUCUUUGAACUGUCACUUUUUCACUCUUAUUAAAUGAAGUGUCAAUCCCUGACAAA